AUCGUUUACUUUAUCGGAAAUUACUAUAGAAAAUGGCUGCAGCGAUGGCAAGUAAUGAGGAUAUUUUCAUGUGUCCUAUUUGUUUGGACUUUCUGAAGGAUCCAGUGGCUCUUAACUGUGGACACAAUUACUGUUUGGGCUGUAUUGAGGACUGCUGGAAUGAGGAAGAUGUGGAGGGUGUUUACAGCUGUCCCCAGUGCAGACAGACUUUCUCUCAAAGACCCGUUUUAAAGAAGAAUGUUAUUAUUGCUGAGCUUGUGGAUCAAAUGAAAAAGAGCAGAAUACAAACUGCAGCUGCUGUUGAAUGUGCUGCUGGACCUGGAGAUGUGGCCUGUGACGUUUGCACCGGGAGAAAACUCAAAGCUGUCAAGUCCUGUCUGGAGUGUUUGGUAUCUUACUGUGACACUCAUUUGAAAGUUCACAAUGAACUUAUCCCAGGAAGAAAUCACACCAUGACUGAUGCCACUGGCCAGCUACAGGAGAGGAUCUGUCCCCACCACAAAAAGGCUUUGGAAAUAUUCUGCCGCACUGACCAGAGUUGCAUCUGCUAUCUUUGUACGAUGGAGGAUCAUAAAGGCCACGACACAAUCAUGGCUAAGGCAGAAUGGAGUCAGAAAAAGGAGGGGUUGGGGCAGAGCCAGAGGAGAUGCCAGCAGAUAAUCCAGUUGAAGGAGAAGGAGCUGCAGGAGCUGAGGAAGGCUGUGGAGACUCUCAAGUCUGGUACACAGACAGCAGUGGAGGAGAGUGAGAGGAUGUUUACUGAGAUGAUCCGCUCCAUUGAGAGAAGGUGCUCUGAGGUGACAGAGCUGAUCAGAGCUCAGGAGAAGGCUGAGGUGAGUCGAGCUGAAGGACUCCUGAAGCGACUGGAGCAGGAGAUUGCUGAGCUGAAGAGGACAGAUGCUGAGAUGAAGCAGCUUUCACUGACACAGGAUCCCAUCCAUUUCCUCAAGAACAUUGUGUCCAUCACUGGGAGGCCUUACAGCACAAUUUCAACCAGCGUGACCUUCAGCCAAAGCUUCUCCUUGGAGCCCCUGAAGAAAUCUGUGUCUGCACUGAAGAUGCAGCUGGAGGAGAAAUUAAAUUCAGAGAUAGUCAAGAUAUCUGAAGCAGGUUGGAUGCUGAUCCUGAACUCCCAGUCAGAAGAGCCCACAGUAAGGAUCUCCUGCCACCAAGCACAUAUUGUGGAGUUCAUGCACUUACUGAAUGUGAUGUUUUCUGUCUCAGUGUCUGAUGGUCAGGCUCUUACUGCUGAACCAGUGACCAGAGAGGACUUCUUACGCUAUUCCUGUCACUUCACUCUGGAUCCAAACACAGUGUACAGAUACCUCCAUCUGUCUGAGGGGAACAGGAGGGUGGAGAGGAGACCUGGGGCCCAGUCAUAUCCUGAUCAUCCAGACAGAUUUGAUAGGUAUGGUCAGGUGCUGUGUAGAGAGGGUGUGUCUGCACGCUGCUACUGGGAGGUUGAGUGGAGUGGAGCGGUUGGUAUAGCAGUGUCAUAUAAAAGCAUCAGCAGGAAGGGACUGGGUAGUGAGUGUAGGUUUGGACUUAAUGAUCAGUCCUGGAGGCUGGAACUCAGCAGCUCCAGCUCCUCUUUCUGGCACAAUAGUAAUGAGAGUAAACUCCCUCUAGUGGCCAGCUCCAGAAUAGGAGUGUAUGUGGAUCACAGGGCAGGAACUCUGGCCUUCUACAGCAUCUCUGGAGACACAAUGACCCUCCUGCACAGAGUCCACACCACAUUCACACACACACUCUACCCUGGGUUUUGGGUAUGGGCUGGAUCAUCAGUGAAGCUGUUGUGGAGUCAGUAG